CUAAGAACGACGUGGAUGGUGUGGGUCACCCUCACGCACUGUCCUUGCCGCCCCCAGCUCCGCCAGCGGUUUGAGCUGGAGGUUGAACGGAUGAAGCAGAUGCACGAGAAGGACCGAGAGGACAAGGAGGAGGAGAUGGAGGACAUCCGCCAGUCCUGCCAGAGGCGGCUCCGCCAACUGGAAAUGCAGCUGGAGCAAGAAUAUGAGGAGAAGCAGAUGGUCCUCCAUGAGAAGCAGGACUUAGAAGGCUUGAUCGGAACCCUCUGCGAUCAGAUCGGCCAUCGGGACUUUGACGUGGAGAAGCGUCUUCGGAGGGACCUCAGAAGGACUCAUGCACUCUUGUCAGACGUGAAGCUCCUGCUGGGGACCACGGAGGACAGCAAGAGGUCGGUCAGCAGGGAGGAGCUGGAGAAAGUGCAAAGCCAGGUGGGUGUCACAGGGUCCUCUCAGAACCCCAUGGGGAGGAUGCUGCGUCCAGCAGGGGGAGAACGGUUCUCCCACCCAGAUGGGCGUGGCCACAGCCCUCAUGUCUGGCUUCCACAGACCUGCGGGGAGGUGGAGGGCAUCGCGGGGCUGGAUGGGUCACAUGGAUAUGGUGGAUGAGGAAGGGGGUUUGUAAAUGACUUAGGAGUCCUGUUCCCUUCUUUAGGGCUGAGGCAGAGUGAGUUUGAGUCCUUGGGCAGAUCAGGGCCCUGGGGCAGAAUGGCUGGGUGCAGCACGCAUGCGUGCCUGUGAUGCGUGCGUGCAUGGUGACCGGAGGGGCUGGAUAUGAAACA